AUGUCUGCAAGAAAGUCAGUGAUGGAAAUUGUUGAAGAGUUUGGGCUAUAUAAUAACGCGAACAAUAUCACGGAUACCUCGGCCAUCAUCUCGGAAAUUGAUAUUGCUCUCGCUGAAGUAGUCCCUGGACUCGAACUGGUCCUCGCUGGAGUCAUCAUACUGCUUGCCACUCUCUCUUCGAGAGCUCGCAUGGCACUUCUCUUUACCCAACCACCACAGGCGUUUCGCAACCGAUGGGUAGCAAACUCCGGAUUCCCAAGGCGCUCGGGCUCGGAAGAAACCCUCACGUAUGGCGUGACUUUCGGGACGGAAAUGAACUCUGUAGCGACUUUUCUCAAAGUCUUUUACAAUCAACAGCGUUCUAAGAAUAUUCACGAAAUCAGACCUUUCAUCCCUGGACUGAUGCGAUGUUGCAUGCCUGAUGUUCCAUUGGCGAUCCAUGUGGGAGUGCCCCCUCCCCCUCCAUAG